AUGUUCGACGAUUUUGAAGACAACGGAGAAGAGGAGGACUCCUCGGACGCGGAAUACGCGGACAUCGACGCCACCGCGGACGAUGGUCUGUUCGGAGGAACCCAAAAAGACAAGACAUCGUCCUCGGAAAAGGAAUCGAUCGUUUUUCUCGUCGAUUGCGCGAAAACGAAUCGACUGCCGAUUUCGAAAAACUACUUCUAUUACGGCGACGAUGCAGACGAUGAAAACACCAAAGAAAGCGAACAAACGCAGAAAUCGAGUAAUUACGUCCAAGUCGCGUUAAACGCGUACCGAAACGUCCUCAGAGACCGAGUGGUGUGCACUCCGGACGAUGAAAUCGGAUUAGUGUUUUACAACACGAAAAACCGUUCCGGCGAGUUGGAGUUUGAUAACAUUUUCGUCUUCCACGAGUUGGCGCCGAUUACCGCGGAAAGAGUCGGCGCGAUUGCAAACUUCAUCGAUAACGGAGAGUUUGGAGAGAUGUUAUUCGAAGAUCAAAUUGGAAGCAGCAAUUACGGUGAAGAAGAAGACAAAGAGAAGGAAGAAGAGAACGCGAUGAACCACGCGUUGUGGACGGCGUCGCACAUGUUGAGUAGGAACGCGAAGACGCGGAGGAGCGCGUACGUGUUCACGAACGACGAUGCGGUGUUUAGGUCGAAGAAAGAGGCCGAGGGGACGUCCUCAAUGGGCACGCCGAAGAAGGAGAAGAAGAAGAGCAAAAGUAGUAGGAAGACGGCGAAAGAAGCGACAAUCGCGAGGUGCGAAGAGAUGGCCAACGCGGGCGUGAAGUUAGAAUUGUUUCCGGGACCGAAAAUCGGCGACGACGGCAAACUCGUCGAACGCGACGGAGAGAAAGAGUUCGCGUUUCAAAAUUUUGACGUCUCCGAAGGGUCGUUUUGGCGAGAGGCGCUGAGGAAGUUCCGUUCCGCGAGGAAGAAACGAGAGAAGAAGGAGAUGACUCGCCGAAGGAAGAUUGUGAUGCAAACGCUGAAAGACGCCGGAGACGACGAGGAGGUACAGAGGAUGUUGAAAGAAGAAGAGGCGUGGAUGGAGAGACGGAAGAUUCGGAACAACGGUAUUGAGUUGCAACAGCACAAAACGGUCGUGAAAGAUACUUUGAACAACAACAACGAAGAUGAAAGAGCGUCGGACGAAGACGAGUGUUUAGAUAUCGUGCUCUCGUCGAAAACGAGAGUGGAAAACUUGGAGGUGGUCUCCAGACGCAAAGUCACCAGACGCCGACCUCGGAAAACGAAAGUUUGGUUCAACGACGGCACGUUCGCGUUGCCGUUCACUGUGGUACACUUGGUACAAAAGACAACUAAACCGGCGCCGAAAUACGUGGACGCGGAGGAUCAUCAAGAUUUAAGAACGGAAACGGUGUAUUUAGAUAAAGAAUCCGGAGAAGUCGUCGCGCCGAAGAAGUCGUAUUUAGAGAUUGGACCAGAGAAACAAAAAGUCAUCGUCAAGAACGCGGAGAAGCAAGCGACGUACGCGGCGAGUAAGAAUUUCCACGCGAACGCGUGUAAGCUUGGAAUGCACUGCUUAGGUUUCGUGGAUACGAGUGAAGUGACGCAACGAGAUCGACUGUUGAAAGGACAAGGUAAAUUCGUGAGAGCGGACGAAACCGUGUUUGGCGGAAAAGAGGCGUUUAGCGCGUUGUUAACGGCGUGCGCGGAAAGGCACGUAUCGAUGCUGUGCGCGGACGUGUACAACGCGAAGUCUCAGGUGAAGUACGUCGCGUUGAUCCCACAAGUUGAAAACGACGCGUAUUUAGGCGUUCCCGCGGGAUUCCACGUGGUUAAAGUUCCUUUUCGAGACGAUUUGCGCCAACCGGAAAAGGCAAUUGGCAAAUCUGCGCCGCAAACGAGCGCGACGGAGACGCAAAUCCAAGCCGCGGAAGCUUUGGUAGAAUCUCUGGAACUCCAAGAGUACCACCCGACGAGAAUUUCAAACCCGGAGUUACAGGCGCACUAUAAAGCUUUAGAAGCGAUCGCGUUGAACAAACGCAAAGUGGAGAAAAUCUCGGACGAUACCGCCCCGCCGAUUGAACAGCUUUGGAAAGAGCACGGCGUCAUCGCGCACAUUCGUAAUUUCAGUCAAACGACGUACGGCAUCGAACAACAAGACCGAGUUGGUGGAAACGACGAGGACGCGGACGAGGACGACGAUGGGAACGGCAUCAUUGGUCUUAAACGAAAAGCCCGCGGGGGGUCGUCGAAAGGCGGCGAAAAGGCUCUCAAAACGGUCGUCCAAGAAAUCCGUCCCGGAUUUGAAACUUUCGUCAAGAAAGCAAAGAAAGGCUCUCUGAGCGAAUUAACCGUCGAUGUGCUGAAAACGUACCUGGACGCGCACAAUUUACCGAAAAGUGGGAAUAAAGCGAGCAUAAUAUCGCGCAUUGAAAAACACGCGAAAGAUCUCGAUACCGCCAAAACCGUAAGUGGUUUCGAGGAGGACGGAGCGGCGAAAGAGGACGACGACAUCUUCUCCUCCUUCUAA